CGUGCGUCAUCCCCGCGCGCGCGGCGGUGUGGCGGUGUGUGCGGGCGCGGGCGGUGUGUGCGGGGGUGGCCGCUGGCCCCGCCGGGCCCGGCUGUGCUGAGGGCGGCGGCCCCGCUGCCCGCUCCGCGCGGCCGCCAUGAACCAGUUCAACUUCGGGUCGGGCGCGGCGGGAGGCGCCUUCGCUCUGGGCACGCCGAAGACGGCCGCCACCACGGCCACGACCGGCUUCUCCUUCUCGACGCCCGCCGCCUCGGCGGGCUUCAGCUUCGGCAGCGCGGCCCAGGCGCCCGCCAGCAGCCAGCCCGCCGGGCUCUUCUCCUUCAGCAGGCCGGGCGGUGCCGCGCAGCCCGCCAGCUUCAGCUUCGGGACGCCGGCCACGGCCGCCGCGGCGCCGGCGGCAAACGUGUUCCCGCUGGGGACAGCUGCCCCAAAACUCAACUUUGGAGGCAGUAGUGCCACUCAGGCUACAGGAAUCACAGCAGGCUUUGGGUUUGGUAGCUCUGUACCAGCCAGUGCGCCCUCAAGUCAAGCAGCAGCCCCUUCUGGCUUUGUGUUUGGAUCCACUGGCACUGCCACCACUGCUGCCGCCACCACCACGACCACCGCUCCGUCUGGGACGACCGGAGGGUUCAGUUUUUCCAGUGGUACUGCAGCUCAGGCCGGAACAGCCGGCUUCAACAUCGGCACUGCGGCUCCGCAAGCAGCGCCCACAGGGUUGACCUUUGGAGCAGCACCUGCAGCUGCUGCCACCACUGCUGCCACCUUAGGAGCUGCCACCCAGUCAGCGACCCCCUUCAGCCUUGGGGGUCAGUCCACAGGUGUAAACUUUGGGACAUUGCCUUCAACAGCAGCAACAGCAGCCACUAGUGCGCCUGCAGCAACGCUGACCGCUAGUACCAGCCAGGGACCCACUCUGUCCUUUGGAACCAAACUUGGAGUAACAUCCACAGCUGCUACCAGUGCCUCUACCACCACAACCUCGAUUCUUGGUUCGACGGGGCCUACGUUGCUCGCGCCUAUAGCGAGUUCUUCAGCACCGACAUCGUCUACCACCACAGGCCUCACACUUGGUGCCCCUUCCACUGGGACAGGCAGUCUUGGAACGCUUGGGUUUGGAUUAAAAGUUCCUGGAACAACAGCUGCCGCAACAAGCACUGCUACUGGCACCACUUCUGCUUCUGGCUUUGCUUUGAAUCUUAAGCCAUUAACUACGACUGGUGCUAUUGGAGCUGUGACUUCUACAGCUGCCAUAACCACCACCACAACCACCAGUGCGCCCCCAGUGAUGACUUAUGCCCAGCUGGAGAGUCUGAUAAACAAGUGGAGUCUGGAACUGGAAGACCAAGAGAAACACUUUCUCCAUCAAGCUACGCAAGUUAAUGCCUGGGACCAGACACUGAUAGAGAAUGGGGAGAAGAUUACUUCAUUACACAGAGAAGUAGAGAAAGUGAAGCUUGAUCAGAAGAGACUGGAUCAGGAACUGGACUUCAUUCUGUCACAGCAGAAAGAGCUUGAAGACUUGUUGACCCCUCUGGAGGAGUCUGUGAAGGAGCAGAGUGGGACUAUCUACUUGCAGCACGCGGAUGAAGAACGGGAGAGGACCUAUAAACUGGCUGAAAAUAUUGAUGCUCAGUUGAAGCGUAUGGCACAAGAUCUGAAAGACAUCACUGAGCACUUGAAUACAUCAAGAGGCCCGGCAGACACGAGCGACCCGCUUCAGCAGAUCUGUAAAAUUUUGAAUGCGCACAUGGAUUCCUUGCAGUGGAUUGACCAGAAUUCAGCUGUGUUGCAGAGAAAGGUUGAAGAGGUGACAAAGGUUUGUGAGAGCCGCCGCAAAGAGCAAGAGCGCAGUUUUCGGAUCACUUUUGAUUGAAGGACUUCAAAGGAUUAACCUGAAAUCUCCAUAGAAAACAGAUCCUGGUCUCAAAUUACAAUCUGGUUUUGUUUCUUUUCUUGCAAUAAAAAAAGCCAGUCCUUGCAGUGUCUGACUGGAAUUCACCCGCUCCAGUCUGGGAGACUGGAUGCAAUUUGUGGAGGAAGUACGUGCUCUUUGUUCUUUGUAAGUGCAUGCAGACCGGUGAGUGACCCAAACGGAUGUCCUCGAGGGAUGUAAGCACUGUGUGACUCCACCGCUGAGCUCUCCAGUACUUAGAUGUAACUUGACCGUGUUCAGCUGAGACUUCAUAAGCCUUUAUUCAGGUCCUUACAGAGAUGGUUUAAUGAAGAGCUGUCCUCAGAAGGAGCUGCAGCAUUCUGAGAGACUGCAGUUCCUCCUGUUGCUCGCUGGAGUUUGUGUUUAAAUUAGGUAUGUUUCCACUUCUGAAGGUGGGCCUAGUUUUCUGUACUUUUUGGCAAUAAAUGCUUUUGUGCUGGUUGGUA